AAAAUUAUUUUUGAAGGGAUAUAUUCGACUUUCUUGUGCAGAUAAUUCUUUAAGUUCUGAUUUAAUAUUUGAAAAGUUUCGUUCAAUAAAUUGGCAAAAAUUUGAAGAAAAUAAACUUUUGCAUUAUCCAAGGGAAGGGGGAGAAUUGAGUUAAUAAUUAUUUCUGGUGUUACAAUGGCUUCUGAUAUUCUUAGUCAAAUUUUAUUUAAUUCUGGUGAUUCUGUUUUAACUCCAGCACCUUUUUAUUAUCGUUUUGUUAAUGAUUUUGGAGAAAGAGGGCUUGUUAAUGUAGAAAUUGUUCAAACUUUAAAUGAAAAUGGAGUAUUAAUUCUUUCUGUUGAACGAUUUGAGGAAGCUUUUUUGAAGGCAAAAGGAAAAGUCAGCGCUAUUUUAAUUGUAAACCCUCAAAAUCCAGAUGGCUGUUAUUUUACUUUAGAUCAGCUUAAACCAAUAAUUGACUGGGCAUUAAAUAAAAAUCUUUUUAUUAUUUUGGAUGAAGUUUAUAAUUUGUGUAUUUAUGAGGAAGAAGAACAAAUUAAUUGUUGUUUUGAAAGUGCUGUUAAAUUAUUUAAAACUCCCGAAGAAUUAAAUAAAAUGAUUUGGGUUUGGAGUAUGAGCAAAGUUUUUUUAAAAGAAGAAAAUAAUUUUUUAAAUUAUUUUUUAAAAAAGGUUUUUUCAAUUCCUGGACUUAGAGCAGGUGUAUUUUACACAAAAAAUAAAAAAAUAAAAGAAGCUUUUACUAAAUUUGUGACGUUUAAUCAACCAAAUUGUGUAACACAAUUUAUUAUGAGACACUUUCUAGAUGAUCAAGAUUGGUUCGAAAAAGUAUAUUUAUUUGAAAAUUUACGUCGUCUCAAAAAUACAAGGGAUAAAUUGCUUUUAUUUUUGGAAAAUCAAAAAAUUCCUUUUAUUAAACCAAAAUCUGGAUUUUUUGUUUUAGCUGAUUUUUCUAAAUUUAUGGAUGAACAAACAAUUGAAGGAGAAAGAAGGCUUGUUGAACGUUUUAUUAGAAAAAAAGUUCUUUUAAAUUCUGGGGAAGAAAUAAAAGCGCCUAAACCUGGAUGGUUUCGAAUUGUUUUUUCAUCAGUUAAUUCUUCAACACUAGAAAAAGGUUAA